UAAGUAAUGUACCGGUAAUAGGUUGUAUAAUGGCAGACACACAGAAGAGAAGAUUGUUCAUUGGAGGUUUGCAUCAUGAUCUCAAAGAAAAGGAUCUGAGGGAGCGUUUUGCAAGACAUGGAACCAUCUCAUCUUUAGAAAUUAAGACCAAGAAAGAUUCAUUAGGUACUCCACUCAAGACAUUUGCCCAUAUGGACAUCGUUCUCACAGAAAAUGAAAUGAAGAAAUGUAUGAGUAUAUAUAACAACACAAAAUGGAAUGGGAACACUAUGCAGAUACAGUUAGCCAAGGAGAGUUUUCUUACAAGAUUGGAGCAAGAGAGAGCAGCAGCGUGUUCAGAGAUCAAAGAAGAUUUGAUUGUAAGACCAAAGGAAAAAUCACCUCAUCAAGCUGCUGCUGAGAAGAGAUUAAAGGAAAACUUUGAUAAGGCUGGAGUCAGUGAGUUUGUUGUGAAAGGAAAAGUUCCAGGCACACAGAUUGAAGGAGAGAAGAACUGGAUUGUUGGAAAGUAUGGCCGUGUCUUACCUGUAGUGUACGUUCGUAGAAAAGAUAAACAGAAGGUUGUUUGUUGCGAUCCCUCUAAAUUUAGCCAUCACCUCAAGAAGUUCAAGAAAGAUGACAAAUUGGAUGAAGGAAUUGAAAUGCCCAAAAUUGAACAAUUGACUUGGGACAUCCCAGAGAUUCACUCAGAGGUUUCUAAGAAAAGGAAAGGAAUCUUCUCACAGGAAACACCUCUUAAGUUAGAUAGAAAGAAAGUGAAGGGUGAUGUCGCUUUGAAGAAAGAUAUGCUUCCUUCUAGCAUGCUGCCAGAAUAUAAGGUCAAAAGCUCUAAUUUAGGCCAAAGUGACAGUGACUUUGAUGACAUUGAUGAUGAAGAUGCUGUUACAUCUAUUCCCUCCAUUGAUGGACAUAUCCAGAAUAUUACAGGUAGUAAAGAACAACCAACUGAUUUUGAGAUUGUUAGAGAUGGUACAUCCCACAUAUCAUUGAGUUCAAGAACAAAUAGCUCUUUGUUUGAUUCUAAGCCAGGAUAUGAUUCAGAUGAUAGGGAGUCUGUUGAUACUGAUGAACUCUGUACCUUGAUAAGAUCUUCAAAGAACUCUUCUACAGUUCAAACAAAUGGAGACUUGAACAAAAAAGAGACAUACAAAACUCUAUUGCCUACAGAAGAUCAGGUUGCCAGAACUAUAGCAAUGAAAAGAGCAAAUCAAACCAUAGAGGAAGAGAAGGGAGGAGGAAGCAGUAGAAAUGAAUAUGAAUAUAUGGGCAUUUUAAAAGUUCAAGAAUCUUUAGAAGUAGGUGAAAGUUACUCUGAAAAUGAAGAAGAAGACAGCAGUUUGAAUAGUGACUAUGCUUCUAAUGAUGAAUUGCAUAAAGACAGUGAGGAGGAUGAGAAGAACAGUGAUAAAGAUGUAAUAGAUUAUGGCCAUGUACCUUCAUUGAACUUUGAACCUCUCAUUCUGGAUCAGUCAUAUAUCCAAGGUCUUAAAAACACCAAAGUUCUUUCAAAUCAUCACAAAGAGGAUGAGGAGGACAGUGAAGAGGACAGUGAGGGUGACAAAGAAGAGGAGAAUGGCCAUGAGAGUGAUGCUGGAGAGGAGGAGUCUGUUUCUCAAGAUAAUUUAGAUGAUGAUAUUGAAGAGGAGGAGGAGGAAAUGUUGGGUAGCCCAAUAGCUAGAUUUGACUUUGAGCCUCUUAUCCUGGACAGGGAAGCCAUCAAAAAGAGCAUGGGUGUGGAAACAAAACGAGAUCAAACUAAUAUAGGAUGCCACACAGAAGAUGAAAAAUUUGGUUCAGAUAAUAGUGAAACUAAUGAUGACAGUGAGGAGGAGAGUAGUAGUGGGAGUAGUAUUAAAAGCAGUGAUGAUGAGGAAGAUGCUUCUGAAGAUGUUAACAAUUCAGAUCCUGAUGACAGUUCUGAUGGAGUAUUUAGCAAUCAAAUAAAAAAAUCAAUAGAUCCAGAGGAUAAAUCAAACAUUUUUCUGGAGGUAGAAACUUCGGCCACAAAACAAGAAGUGAAAAAGUCCCCAACAGGAUUAGAGCAGAAGAAUGAUAGACUGAAUCAGGCCAUGUAUGACAAAUCUGGAAGGUUAUUAUCAAAAGCUGCAAAGAAGAAAUUAGCCAGAGAGGAAGCUGAGAAACAGAAGCAAGCCAAUGAAAGAAGAUUGGAGUCCAUGAAACAACAACAGAGGGCCCUGUUGGAUCGGCAAGGUGCUAUCAAAGGAGCUUUGUCAGCUGUGGAUGACAAAGAGAAGAAACAAGGAAAGCACAUAACAUUUGAUUCUGAUGAUGGAGAGUCUGAGGGUGAUACAGGGUUAAAUGAUGAAACCAAUUUUGCUGGACAGAAAAUACAGAGCAGUACUUCACUCUUUGAAAGUGAUGAUGAUUCUGAUGAUGAUGAGGAGGAGGAGGAUUCACUCCCAGAGAACAGGGGCAGGAAGAUGUGGGAUGAUGAUGAAGACGAUGAUGGAGUUGAUGAUGAGAGAUUUAAGAUUAAGCCUCAAUAUGAAGGUGAAGCUGGUCAGAAGCUGAUUCAAAUGGAAGCAAGGUAUGGAGGAGACAACCGCUUUAAACUAGAUUCAAGAUUUCUAGAUAGAAAAGAUGAAAAUGCAGGAUCUGGUUCUGAAGGAGAAGGCAAUGAAAAUGGUGAAGAUGACCUAUCUGGUGACCUACAGGAAGAGAAACGUAGAUCUUUAGCCAUUCUGCAGAAUAUGUUGGGAACACCAGUCCUUACGUCGUCUAAAGCUGUGGAGCCUAAUUUCAAAGAUCCAUCUCAACUCCACUAUGAUCCAAGCAGAGAUGAACAUAGCAAGUAUGAGCUUCAAGGAGAUGAUCAUGAAGAUGGAAGUGAUGCCAAUAAAUUAGAAGAAGAUAUGCGUAAAGAGAAGAGAAAGAUGGAUGAAGAGAGAUCUAAGUUACCUGAAGUCUCUAAGGAGAAAUUCUUCCAAGUUAGUAGUAAUCUCAAAGAUGCUUUUAGUGCAGGAGAGAUGGAAGAGAAUGCAGAUAGAGGAGGAGGAACUUUUACAUUCUUUGGAGGAGAUAAUUCAGAUAUUGAAGGUAUGAAUCUUGUAUGUUGUUCAGAUUCAGUUUGUUUUUGUUGUAAUGUGAAACAGGCUAUCCCCUAUAGAGCAUUCCAGAAGCAGACAUGUUGGAGGACACACAAUAGAAACCUGUCCAUCAAACCACGAUAAAAAAUUGAGUUUUCAUGGUCCAUUUUUGUGAUGUCAUCUGAAUCUACGCUAUUGUGUUUGCACUGGCUUGUAAAAUUUGCUUCAUUCUUUAGACUAGUUUGAAGUUCCAUUCUGCGCAUGUCCAGAAGAAGCUCUUUUGAACUCAAAUUGCAUGGUUGUUUGAUAUUAAAUGAGAUAUAAAAAGCACCAACCAGGGACAACCAGGAAGGAUAAGAAUGUACCCGCUGAGCACCUGCCUGUUAUAACCCCAUGUGAUGAGCUGACAACGGGUGUUUCAACAAUGCCUUUCAGGUGUUUCGGCAAUACAGACAUUUUCAUUUGACUAAAGUUUCUCAGAGCAACAAGAUCAAGUCGGAUCCUGUCUUGGAUUGUCCAGUUCUUGAUGAUGCAUUAGUACAUUUUGCCGGCAUAACGGGUUUCAGCAAACAAAAAUAACCAUAAUUCAAGCAAUAUUAAAGUUAAUUAUGCCAGAUUCACGCUAGAAUAUGCAUAAAUUAUACAAAAUAUGUUCAUAAUUAUACAUAGGCACAGUGAACGGAUUGAAUUCAUGGAAUUUGACUUUUCAAAUGCAAAAUCACAGAAAACAUUUUUCCUCAAAAUGCACAGAAUAGCAACAGAAAAAACUCCCUAAUUUUCAAACGAAAAACGAAUGUCAACCGGCCAAAAACACGAUCUCACUUCGCUUUAACAAUCAUGACAAUCCACACAUUGCGACUGCACUUGUCUCCAUUACAGAUUCUUCGAAAUUACAUUCACGUCCGCAUAGCGAUUGAACAUCUCUCAAUGAACGUAAAAUUUAGGCAGAAACACAGCCGUGUGUUGCUGCCCUCUGCGUUCGGUCAUAAUAUUAUGAUCGCAGUACUUCUCAAAUCCGUAAUGGCGGAUAGGCGAAAGUCGUUAACUGCUCAAAAAGAUGUCCACAAAGUCCGAAAAUUAUCGAUAAAAUAUCAUUCAACCCUAAAAUAAUGCUAAUAAUGUGAAAGAUGAGGAUAUUUCUUUAAAUAGUUGUACUUGUAUCUCUUCAAUUACGAUAGAUUUUAAAGUGUUGUUAGUACAGUGGCAGAUACAAAGUUUGACCCGUGCAAACAUUUUGACAUUGCUACUCAUGCAUUGCGUAUUGAUUUUCCAUGUAAACGGAAUUGUCACUUUUUCAUGUAUACAAAGUCUAUUGGGAAACAGAAUUUCCAUUUUCAGACAUGCUGAAACGGAAUCACAAAAAAAUCACUGUCCCUAUAUAGGGGAAGGCGGGGUAAGUUGAGCAUAGGGGCAAGUUGAGCCAACCCCCCGGCCAGUAAUGAAUGAGUCAGAUAUUGUGGUGGUGUCAUGCAUUGAUCACCCAUUACAUAACCCUUAACCCCACCACAUUUUUUUCAAAAAGUAUUUUUUUAGAGGGAAAAAUAUGAAUUUCAGCCCUAAAAGUAAAAAAGGGUGUGAAAUAGAUCAGUGCUUUUUACCCACACACAUCUUCAAAUAUAAUAAAGA